GAGGAAAGAAGAAAGGGAGGGGAGUGGAGAAUCGAGGACGGCUGGCCUAGGCAGGCCAAGAAUGCAAUUGCCCUGGUGGUGGGAGCUGGGAGACCCUUGUGCUUGGACGGGACAGUGUCGGGGGACACGCAGGAUGAGCCCCGCGACCACUGGCACCUUCUUGCUGACAGUGUACACUAUUUUCUCCAAGGUGCACUCUGAUCGGAAUGUCUACCCAUCUGCAGGUGUCCUCUUUGUUCAUGUUUUGGAAAGAGAGUAUUUUAAGGGGGAAUUUCCACCUUACCCAAAACCUGGCGAGAUUAGUAAUGAUCCCAUAACAUUUAACACAAAUUUAAUGGGUUACCCAGACCGGCCUGGAUGGCUUCGAUAUAUCCAAAGGACACCAUAUAGUGAUGGAGUCCUAUAUGGGUCUCCAACGGCUGAAAAUGUGGGGAAACCAACAAUCAUUGAGAUAACUGCCUACAAUAGGCGUACCUUUGAGACUGCAAGGCAUAAUUUGAUAAUUAAUAUAAUGUCAGCAGAAGACUUCCCGUUACCAUAUCAAGCAGAAUUCUUCAUUAAAAAUAUGAACGUAGAAGAAAUGUUGGCCAGCGAGGUUCUCGGAGACUUUCUUGGGGCCGUGAAAAAUGUGUGGCAGCCAGAGCGUCUGAACGCCAUAAACAUCACAUCAGCUCUAGACAGGGGCGGCAGGGUUCCGCUUCCCAUCAAUGACAUGAAGGAGGGCGUUUAUGUCAUGGUUGGUGCUGACGUCCCAUUUUCUUCUUGUUUACGAGAAGUUGAAAAUCCGCAGAAUCAAUUGAGAUGCAGUCAAGAAAUGGAGCCUGUAAUAACAUGUGAUAAAAAAUUUCGUACUCAAUUUUACAUCGACUGGUGCAAAAUUUCGUUGGUUGAUAAAACAAAGCAAGUGUCCACCUAUCAGGAAGUGAUUCGUGGAGAAGGGAUUUUACCUGAUGGUGGAGAAUACAAACCCCCUUCCGAUUCUUUGAAAAGCAGAGACUAUUACACGGAUUUCCUAAUUACACUGGCUGUGCCCUCGGCAGUAGCAUUGGUCCUUUUUCUAAUACUUGCUUAUAUCAUGUGCUGCCGACGGGAAGGAGUGGAAAAGAGAAACAUGCAAACACCAGACAUCCAACUGGUCCAUCAUAGUGCUAUUCAGAAAUCUACCAAAGAACUUCGUGACAUGUCCAAGAAUAGAGAGAUAGCAUGGCCCCUGUCAACACUUCCUGUGUUUCACCCUGUGACUGGGGAAAUCAUACCUCCUCUACACGCAGACAAUUAUGAGAGCACUAAUAUGCCACUGAUGCAAACACAGCAGAACUUGCCACAUCAGACUCAGAUUCCCCAACAGCAGACUACAGGUAAAUGGUAUCCCUGAAGAAAGAAAGCUAACCGAAGCAAUGAAUUUGUAAUCAGACAAUAUAGCACUUAUAUCUUAUUUUUUCUCUCUUCCAAUAAUGCAUGAGCUUUUCUGACAUAUGGUAUGCAUGUUGACAGUAUCAAGUAUAUACCAAAUAAUACAAUAUAACAUUCAUUUUACUAAUGUAUUUUUUUUGGUACUU